AGCUGCCUAAAGGAGCCUGGCCUUCCAAGUGUGACUCUCAUCUUUUGUUUCUUUGAACCUGUAAAUGAACUUUGGCAUGAAAUGUGAGAUGUAACGAGCUCCGUUGUUGUUGGAGUUGAAAGCCUCAGCUCUCUGCGUUGUCUGCUGGUGCUGAGUUUAGGCUGUUUUCCGCUGGGGAAGUAAAUUGCUCCAGCGGACAAUCCAGGCAUGUGACUGCUGGGGCACAGUCAUGGAAAAUUGGCUUCGUUGUCAUGUUUAUUUGCUCUGAUAUAAUUUUUUAUGACAGUGUCAUGCAGCUUUUUCCAAGGCUACUGGAAUGUGUUAUUCUUAAUUUCUUCCCUUCUGCUAUUUUUUUAAAGAAGAACUGUCAGAGAAACUGUAUAUAAUAUUGAUUUUUAUUAUUGUUGUGGGUAAUGAGUUACAGGCUUUUGUAACUGACUAGGGCUUUUUCUUCUUUUUUUCCCUUUUUAUAACAAAUUAGCACAGAACCCCUCUGUUACUGUAGCUGUAGCUCAAGAUUAUGAUUUAUAGCAGGAGAAACUAAAAUAGCAAUUGUUAGCUUUUCUUCCAUUCUGAUGAAAUCAAAUUUGAUCGAUUUUAGUCUCAGCUCAUGCCUUCUUUUUCCUCUGGGGAAGGAAGUAAUCACUCUCUAGUGCUCCAAAGGGCUGGGUUGCUAAACUUAACAAGUAGUUUCUCAUCUGAGAAGGGGUUGAAUAACUUUGGUUUGUUCCUGUACAGAAUAUGCUGGUGUUUGUUUCUCUCUCUCCUGGGGAAGCUCAAGUGCUGAUUACAGUUGGGAACAGCCUGAUGUUGGAAUAUAAAGGUCACGAGUGUUUCCUUUCACUUCUGCAGCUGCGAGUCAGACUGAGAUACAUGGGAGGUGGCAAGAAGUCUCUGCAGCAAAAGGAGCUUUUGGCAUGUUUUUCUUGAGGGAGACCUACAGACUGGUCAGUUCUUUCUGUGUAGAGGCUGUAGCCUUUUUUGUCCGGGUCUAGCAGAGCUGAUUUCCUCUUCUGAAGAAGAAAUAGUGCUAUUCCUGCACCCCACGGUCUCGCCCCAUUGCUCCUCAUGGGAGACCUCUAACCGCUGGUACCAACGGCACUUUCUAUCCAGCUCUGUUACAACACACUAAUUUGCUCACCUCCCAUUAAAUGUUUGCAGUGUGAAUAUCAGGUGAAGGGGGAGAAAGGUAUCUGAAUACCAAUGAAUGAGCUGCGAUGGAUAACAAAGACUCAGAAGCUGAGAUCCACCCUCUGAAGACUGAGGACGUAAAAGGUCAAGAGAAUCAUGAAAACUCUGUGGAGAGAAGAAUUGUCAGCAAGCAGUCAUCACGACUGUCUCGGUUGUCCCGGUGGCGCACUGCCGCCUUCUUCAUCUCAUUAUUUCUGUGUCUGAUAAUUGUGUUUGCUUUCUCAUUUAUUAUUCCUUGCCCAGAGAGGCCAGUUUCAGAAAGAACAUGGUUCCAAAACUAUGACAAUGCAGUGGCCUACCAGUUUCUUGCUAUAGAAGAUGUGAAUGAAGACAAAGUGCAAGAUGUCGUCUUUGCUUUCAAAGCUAGCAAUGGCAGCAGCAGCUUCAACAGAUCCUGUCUGGAUGAAGAAGGUCGGCCUUCUCUGUGUGCCUUUGUUGCUGCUGUGUCUGGCACGAAUGGCAGAGUGCUCUGGGAGAAGCCUGCUGCUGGGGAGAUUGAGUGGAUGCAGUGUGGCAUCAGGCAGCUCGGGGAUGCUAAGUCCCCAGGUUGCUUGGUCAUGGCGAAGCCAAUGUCUCUUAUGGCAGUUGACCUGCGGACAGGGGAGGUUCAGUGGAGCCAGUCCAGUGACUUUGGAGCUAAUUAUACUGUGCUGACGCCGGUGUCAGUGAUUCCAGAUGUGGAUAGUGAUGGAGUUCAGGACCUGAUAAUCUUUAUUGCUACAGGAGAUAAGAUUAAGACCUUCAUCCAUUCAGGAAAAAAUGGCAAACAGAUUGGCUCCACUGGAAGCCUGAACAUUGAUGGGAAAGCUCGCUAUAUUAGGCUGAACCUGGACUCCUCCUCCUACUUCUUCUUCUAUACAGAAAAUGCUCUCUAUGCCUUUUCCCUGAAAGAUCUCUACAGUGCAGCAACUGGGAAGGAAAUUAAGCUUCCCGGCCUUGAGCAAGAUCCUCAGUGGGAGAAGAAUAUUGACCGUACUACGCACCGCUUAUCCCUUCUCAGCUCUGGAGACAUUCGUUACCUGGCAAAAAUUCCUGGGCAAUCACAGGAGAACAUCUUAGUUGUGAACUCGGAGAUGGCUACACUGAUCAAUGCACGAGAUCUUCAGACUUUGUGGACCCUCAACGUGUCCCGUGUUGUGAGAGAGCCACUACUUGGUUACUACAAACCUGAUGUUCUUGGCAUUGUCCUUGAGAGUGAAAUUGGACCCAACAGAAAGAAGGUUAUGAUUGUUGAGAGUGGAUCUGGAGCAGUCCAGUGGGACCUGAAGCUGAACUCAAGAGCAGAAAGCCCUGGGCCAGCCACACUUUCUACUGCUGAUCACCGGUCUGCCUUCCUCAUCUGGGGUGAAUACCAGGCAGCAGGAAAUGAAACGAGAUCCAGACCUCCUCUCCAGAAGCUGUAUCUUUUCCAUCCUUCCUACACUAAUGUCCUGUUGGAGCUCCGCAAUAGCACAGACCAAAUAAUUGCAUUCAGUGCCACGCUGUUUGAGCGGAGCCGUCAUGCCUGCUAUGUGCUGUUGAGGGGGCCUCAACCCAGCGAGGAGCCAGGGUCAGUGUCUCUGAUGAAGCGGAAGCUGAAGGAGGAUGUCUCUGAGAGCAGGGUGAUCUGGCUGAGCCAGGUGGCUGUGGACAGUGAACAGUACAUCCGGGACCGCCUCUACAGGAUGCGAUUCCACAGCCGAGUGUGAGCUUGCUGAGGUGGGGGGAGAAGCUGCCCUGGCCCAGGUGUCUCCAAGCUGCCUCUCCUCUGCAGCCAUGCCCUUAGCAAACCCAGAUCAUGAAUUAAAAUGGAAAGCUGCCUAUCUUGAUCUGCAAACCAAAGUGUGGCUGGUGGGGAAGCACCCCCAGUGUCUGGGGAUGCCCAGGCUGUGAGGGCAGCUGCCAGUGCGUCUGUCCUCAGAGCUGAUGGGACUUCAGUGGUUGGCCACCCACCGCUGAAGUGUCAUCAGCUUGGGGAAGAGGGCUUUCCCCUUGAUCCUUCUGUGCCUGCAGAACUGUGCUGAUUCAGCAUGUGUCUGGAGGAAAACAUAUGCUUGCUGGGGAUGCUGGGGCUGAUUAUUUCUUGGGUGCUUGCAUGAGAAGAGGAGCUUUGAUGUGUGGUGUUAGAUUUCCUUUCUGAGCCAGCUCUCCUGGCUGUGGGAGAGGUACUUGGCUGCAGGUUGAUUUGCAAUUGCCUUCUCCUGGAUUUGGGUCCCUGCUUUGGGUCGUGGGGUGUGUGUAGUGAUAGACCCCAACCGCGGCUGAUGAUGUGGCUAGGUGUCACCUGGGCCAGCAGAGUGCAGGUUAAAGUGUCAUUCUACUUAGAAAAUGGCCUUUUCUCCUAAGAAUAGCCCCAUGUGCCCCACUGCGCAGUCACAAGCCUACCUGUGUCUGUCUCCUCUGUUGCUUCCUUUCCAGCCAAGCUGUGCAGUGUUGGUGACACAGAAAGGGAGCUGGUCUCCCCACUGAUUUAUGCUCCCUGUCCCCAGUCUGAUUAUAGGUGAUGUGAAAACCAGAGACCAGGCUGUCUGGUCCCUGCUGGUAUGGACAUCACCUCUCCUACUGGUUUUGAGGUACCAGGGGAUACAGGACAUUUUUUCAGAGUAGAAUUGCAUUUUAACCUUGCCUGGGAGCUGGGCUUGCCACUCUGGAGAGCCCUGUACCCAAUCAGCAAUGCCAGCUCUCCUACAAAUACUCUUUCAGUCUUGCAGCUGUUGAGGAGCCUUUUCCAAGUACUGUCCCCUCUGCCAGGAGGUGGGCAGGCUGUAGGGCAGGCGUGAGCCACUCUGGGGAACAAUGCAAGCUGUCUCUGCAGCACAGCUCUGGAGAGAGCUCUGUGCUCCCUCCCUGCCCUCAGAAUUGAAGUGAUGUUGGGUGUGGAUCUUCAGGUGUUCUCUCUGCCCAGCCUGGUAGCCUGAGGGAAUGGGACAGAUUGCUGUGUGAAGAUGAUGUCUCCUCUGGAGACUUCUGUAGCGUGGUGUGCAUGCUCUGCUCUGUUCCUUCAUGGGCAUCAGUGCAGACUGUAGAACUGAGGUGCAAAGUGUGGAAAACAGUUUGAAUCUGCUGCUCAGUCCUGAAAGCUGCAGUCCCCACACCAGCUGCACUGAGACACAAGCCCUGACCAUAUGCUGCUGGGCACCCACCUGUCUGGUGAGAGGAAGGUGGACAGAAAACACACACCCUAAAAAUAACCUCUCUCAAGUUUUGCAGUGCUGGAGGGGGUUUAGCCAUUGCCUCCCUCCCUUGCCUAGUCUCAGAACGGGGCGUGUGCAGAAAUACUGUAGGAUGAGAAACUUAAGCCAGGUUGCAUAGGGUCAAGCAUCAGUUCUUCUCUUGUGGCACUGCUGAACUUUAACCUGCUGCAGGACAGCUUCUGACUCUGGCAGCUAGUGUCACCCAAGCUCACACCCACAGCUUCAGCUCUCCCAGUCUUGCAGCAAAAUGAGCUGCAGCAUCAGUGGUCUGCCUGGAUGCUUACCUCCUGCUUCCAGCUGGCCCAGUAAUUGCCUAAAGAGUGCCCUGGCUCCCUCUGCCCCAUAGCUCAGGCAGUCAAGGGAGCUGUGUAGGAUGAGUGCUGCUGGCCUCUGCAGAGCUGUGCUGCUGACGGAGCCCAGUCCUGGGGCAUCCAGGCUGUGCAGGAACCUGGGGAUGCUUCCAGGGGAGCACUCCACAACCUCCAAAGCACCCUAGACUCAAAAUGGUGGGUUUCUCCCUCUGUUCCUCUCUUUCCAGGCUGUUUUCUGAGUGAGUCUGAGGGUGCAGGGAGACUCCCCUGCCACAUCCCCUAGCUUAAGUUGCCUCUUUGCACAGCACGAAAAAGCCUGAAGCCUAGCAGCCCACACCAGCAUUGCAGGGAUCAUGGGCUGCACCAGUGCUGCAGCACCGUGGUUGUGAGGGCUGGAUUCAGCCUGCCCUUCUGCCAGCUGGGACAGAGCUGGGAGCGUGGCUGCGGGAGCUGGGCAGUGGGAGCCCCAGGCUUGUGUGCUAGUCCGAUCUCUGUGUUGGAUGAGGAUUGUAUCCCACUGAAAUUCGCCUGGCAGGGAGCAAGGUGCCCAGGCUGUAUUCUCUCUGCAAUCCCAGCAUCUCAGCUCUCUCCCUGCUCAGAUCUCUACCCACACCUGACCUUUCUCAUGGGCACACUGAAUAUUCCUUUGGGAGAGCUGAAUUUUUGGCUUUGGGGGACUUUUUUGGCUUUAAGUUGUCCAUCAAUGUUUCCAGAUACUUUGGAAACGCAGAUUUCCCAGUGGCAGCUCAAUUAAAUGCAUCAGUGCCAAACCAGCACCUUCUUAACAAAACAAGUCUCUUCCCAGCUUAUUUCCCUGUGUAAUUGGUUUUUUGCAGUAUUUAAUGAAUGACUUUGUGCCUUGAUUCCAUAACUCAGAUGGGUGAUGAUGGCAUUUAUCACUGUGUUAUGUAUUAGUGUGGUUUUUUAACACUAAGACUGUUUGGUUUGGUUCUUUAACUUAUUGUAGAUUGUGCCCUAUAGGACUUGGUCUAACCAGUAUGGUUUCAAUAAAUCCUCUUUUGCAUUGUUUGUAAA